AAAGAGAACAAAGCAAAAUAAAGACUAGAAGAUCUUAUCUUAUCAAACCAAAUUAAAGCAAGUUAACUUAAGCAAAGUUAGUUAUUAUAAUAAUGGCUUCUGUUAUUAUGGCUAAGGGUACCUUUAUUAAGGUCACAAAUGUCGGUUCACCACAAGCUUAUCUUAGCCCUCGUAAAGUCUCAAGGGUUUCGUUCACUUCCGCCACCACGUUUAACGGGAACGUUGCGGGAUACAAAAGCGGAAGAGCUGACAGAAUCAUAGUAAAAGCCGAGGAGAGCAGCAAACAAGUCGGCGAUGUAAUGCAAGAUGCUGCAGACAAAAUCAAAGAGGGCGUUGAGACCGCAACAAAAAACGCCCAAGAAGGCGCAGAUUGGGCAGGCAAGGCAAUAAGCGAGACACAUGAAAAGAACGUGGAUUCAGCUGAGUGGGCAGCUGACAAGGUAAAGGAAGAGGCCGGUAAAGCUGGAGACGCCUUACAAAGUGCAAAAGAAAGCACCGAAGCCAACUUGAAAGAGGCACACGAAAAGAACAAGGAUACGGCGGACUUGGGAGCUGACAAGGUGAAGGAAGCGGCGGAUAAGGCGGGGGAGAUAUCGAAAGAUGUCAACUCGAAAGUGGAAGAGGCGGCCAAGGGAGCGUGGGAAUCAGCCAAGGAUACCGCACAAAAAAUCCAAGACAAAGUAGAGGGUUGAUUUGUAUAUAUCCAACAUCAUUAAUUUUGCCUAAGCGUUGAGAAUGUGUUAGAUAACCUUUUUCUAAUUUAUACUUUCAUUUGUAUUUUAUGUUCAAGUUGUCUAAGAUGAGGAUAAAAUGGCACAUACAGUACAUGUUAAAUUGGUCUACAUUUUAUUCUGUACGAUGUGAUUAAAAUAAUUUGCAACUUCUUUUGAUCUAA